AUGGCCGACAUUCACAAUGCUCUCACGCAGCUCUCGGCCGUCGACUGGAACAAUGUGCCCCACGAUGACCUCAAGCCCUACCUUUCCGAGGCCUUUGCAGCUGGCGAGCUGAUAUGCAACUCGGUACCACCACCUUCCAAUGGCACGCCCUUUGAAGAUGCGAAGCCGUUCUACGACGAGCCCAACAAGGCGACUUCACACAAGGAUAUGCACCCUUCGACCACGCUCCCACCGCCACCCAGUCCGGAGCAUGGAGAUCUCAGCAAACAUUGGGGCAAGCCUCAGAAGUUUAAGAACAAUCCAUUGAACGUGCAUGUGUACAAAAUGGCAGGAAACGAUCGGCAUGGAGCUUGGUUCGCACGGAAAAGCGUUCACGAGGGACUCGGAUUCGACAAGAUGAAGCGGGCAAUGCUGAGAGAGUUUCCACUCUCGCUAUCAGUCAAGGGUGGUCCCGGUGCAGGAGCUGUGCGAGGCAUUGCGGCAGACAAACGGUUCGAGAGGAAGGAUAUGGAUGGUGUGGGUAAGCUGGAAGUAUACCAGCUGAGUGCCCAAUUUCCAGGACCUACGACACCACGAGAAUUUGUGGCAAUGUUACUCAGUAGCGACGAGGCACUGACAGACAAGAGCGCGGUAAAAGUUGAGGGCGGCAAGCAGCAUAUGCCUCGACACUUCAUGCUUGUCUCAAGGCCUGUUGACUAUCCGGAUGCCGUGGAACGUCCUGGUUAUGUCCGUGGAAAGUAUGAGUCUGUGGAAAUGAUACGAGAAAUACCGCUCUCCACUGCACCCGCAAAGUCGACUCCCAACGUUCUGUCGGAGGGAACAGAUUCGAAAGACGCGGAUACUAAGACGGAUAGCGAAGGAGGCGAUCCUGAGCUCAAUCCCGUUGAGUGGAUAAUGGUCACCAGGAGUGAUCCUGGAGGAGGUCUUCCGAGAUUUCUCGUCGAGCGAGGGACUCCGGAGAGCAUCAUGGCAGACGUCCAUAAGUUCUUCGAUUGGGCUUGCAGUCAAGAUGAAAUCCUGCACCCAGAUGAGGACCUGCGGGAUCAGGAAGGCACUAUCGAGCAGCAAGUUGAGACCGAGACCGUGGAGACCACCGUUGCACACAAACAUCCAAGUGAGGGCGCUGCUGGAGAAAAGGAUCUCUCCGCUUUAGAAACUACUUCAGAGCCUUCCAGCCAAAUCGACUCGCAGGGAGGUGUCUUGUCGAACAUCACUUCUGCCAUAGGCGCUGGAAUCCAGACUUAUGCUCCGACGUCUGUCGCCAACUUGGUUCACUCGAAAAGUCAUGCGAUGGAGGAUGACCUCACUUCAAUAUCUGAUUCCUCCAUUUCCUCGUCCGACUCGUUCAUGUCUGCGGAUGAAAUGAGGUCAGAAACCACUGUGAUUGACGGCGAUGCCGCCAGCAUUGUCAGCGGCGAUGGAGAACUCUCAAAGGAGUUGAGCAACUCUCACGACAGGGAGGUGCAAAAGCUAAUAAGGAAGCGAGAAAAGUUGAACCAACAAUUAGCGAAAAAGCGUAUUACGGAAGAACUCAAGCUCAGACAGUCACGGGAUAAGGACUCGGAGGAUCAAUCUAAGCAUCAGGAGAGAAUGGACCGCGAACUGAAGAAGACGGAGGAGAAGCAUCGGAGAGAUGUUGAGAAGCUCGAGGCGAAGAAGGCAAAGGAGGUUCGCAAAGCUGAGGAGAAGCGAGCGAAGAAAGAUGACCAGACUAGGAUUAAGAUGCUUAUAAGGGAGCGUGACGACUUCAGGACACAAAAGGAACUGUACAGGAAAGAGAACGUGCUGCUACAGGAACAGGUUACCGAACUCCAGUCGCAGAAUAACCUCAUGGCACAGAAACUCGGCAAGGAUGUUCUAGAGAGCAUUCGGGGCGGCACCGGGCGCCAGAGGACRGACAGCAUGAAGAGUAGUGCGAGUGCGAGUGCGAGCUCUGGUUCGGGUAAGAGAACUUGA